AUGUUUGAAGCUGGCACUGAUACAUCAUUCAUAGUGUUGGAAUAUGCCAUGGUUUGGCUCAUGCAAAAACCCCACCUCAUGAAUAAGCUGAAAACCGAGGUGAGGAGCACUAUAUCCAAGGGGAAGGAAAUGAUUGUAGAAGACGAUCUGAGCAGUUUGGCCUACCUAAAGGCAGUCAUCAAAGAGACACUCCGGCUCCAUAUGCCCGCACCCCUCCUUGUGCCACACCUCUCAAUGGCCGACUACAAAAUUAAUGGCUACACAAUACCAUCAGGGAGCUGCGCCAUUGUCAACAGUUGGGUUCUUGCAAGGGAUCCUAGCAGCUGGGAGAGCGCAGAAGAGUUCAUGCCUGAGCGGUUCAUGGAAGGCAGCAGCGCUACAACUAUGGACUACAAGGGAAACGAUUUCCCCUACUUGCCUUUUGGGACUGGGCGAAGGAUAUGUCCAGGUAUCAACUUUGCAAUUGUGACCAUUGAAAUCAUGCUAGCAAAUCUCAUGUACCACUUCAACUGGAAGCUACCAUCAGAAUCAAUGGAAGCUGGCAUCAGUACGACUGAAUCAUUUGGGGUAACAGUCCACCAAAAGGAGAAGCUCCUCCUUGUCCCUGUAGUGCCAGAAGAUUAG